AUGGAGCAAUUCAACCUGCUCUUUAACCGGAAGCCCGAUGCAUCGUUCCUACGCAUGUUGUUUCCGAACGGAAUUCUACCCCUAUCGUCCCUUCCUUUUGGCGCUGGUUUUACUCAAGAUCUCACUGACUCGUAUAAAAGAUACGCAACCGCAGCCCCCCAAAUCGAAGGCGCAUGGGAUAAAGAUGGGAAAGGCCCCUCAACAUGGGACACUCUUGCGCACACAUCCGGCCGCGUCAUAGAUGCUAGCACCGCCGACGACGCAACCCGCAGCUACGACCUCUUCAAAGAGGACGUGAAGCUGAUGAAGAGCUAUGGCGUCAAUGCGUACAGAUUCAGUCUCUCCUGGAGUCGCAUCAUCCCCCUAGGAGGAAAAGAUGAUCCGGUGAAUGAGGCUGGAAUAUCCUUCUACUCCUCCCUCAUCGAUGAGCUGAUUGCCAACGACAUCACGCCCUUCGUCACGCUGUUCCACUGGGAUGUGCCCCAAGCGCUGGAGGACCGGUACAAGAGCAUGCUGGACCAGGAGAAGUACACCCCAGACUUCGUGCGGUACGCGAAUGUAUGCUUUGAGCGGUUUGGAGAUCGCGUAAAGCACUGGAUCACGUAUAACGAGCCGGGCGUCUACGCGCUGGCGGGGUACGCGGGCGGCGCACAUGCGCCGAACAGGAGUAGUGAUAGGAGCAAGUAUGCGGAGGGGGAUACAAGCAAGGAGCCGUGGAUCGUCGGCCACACCCAACUCGUCUCGCACGCCCACGCCUACCAUCUCUACAAGAGAGACUUCGCACCCAAGCAAAACGGCACAAUCGGGAUAACCCUCUCCGGAAAUUGGUCUGCGCCCUGGGAUGCAGAAGAUCCCAAGGACCGCGCGGCCGCCCAACGCGCGCUCGAAUUCGAGAUUGCGUGGUUUGCAGACCCCGUCCAUGGGAGCGGCGACUAUCCCGCCAGCAUGCGGAAACAGCUCGGCGACCGGCUUCCAACAUUCACUGCCGAAGAGAAAAAGCUUGUAAACGGGAGCAGUGAUUUCUAUGGUAUGAACACGUACACUGCCUUCUUCGUGCGGGACAAGGUACCAGAGGGCGAGCCGAUUCCGCCGGAAGACCACAAGGGCAACCUCGCGUGGUCCGACGAGAAUAAGGAAGGCGUGAGUCGCGGGUUGGAAAGUGAUACAGAAUGGCUUCGCAGCUCGCCGUGGGGAUUCGCCAAUCUACUGAGGUGGAUUUGGGACCGGUACCACAAGCCUAUCUACGUGACUGAGAACGGGACGACUAUGAAGGGCGAACACGUCACUGCGCCUCCGAGCGAACACGUGCUGAAUGACACGCAUCGUAUCGACUUCUACCGCUCGUAUGUUGGCGAGCUCGCUAAAGCGGUUAAAGACGGUGGCAUCGACAUCCGGUCGUACUUCGGCUGGACGUUGCUUGAUAACUGGGAGUGGGCGAAGGGGUAUACGGAUCGAUUUGGCGUGACGUGGGUAGACUUUGAGUCGGAGGAGAAGACGAGGUAUCCGAAGCGGAGUGCGGCGUUCAACCGGGAGUAUUUCAAGCAUCUGAUUGCCCAGUAG